AUGGGAGUCUCUAAGGUUCUCGCCGACCUCCGACCUCGCCGAGCAUCCAGUUUCGAUCUUCCGCAUCGUCCCGUCGUAGGAAUCCUCGCCUUCGAAGCCGCCGCCGCUAUGUCGCGCCUUGUCUCGCUCCACCACUCCCUUGCCGACGAUGAGGUCCGCCGCCUGCGAGUCGACAUGAGGUCCCCAGGCGUCGCCUACCUGAUCUCCAAUGACCAGGCCUUUCUACUCCGGGUUGCCUGCGCGGAGAUUCUCGCCGAGCUCGACAAGGCUGCGGUCACCGUCUCCUUCCUCGGACGCAAGUGCUGCGACCCCUUGCUUCGUGGCUUCGACCGGCUCUACUCCGACCUCAAGGCCGGCGCCCUAGGCAGCCCCUUGUCCCUUCGCGAGGUCCGCGCCACAGCCGACCUCGACCGCCUCGGCCUCGGCUCCACCGCAAAGCGGGUGGAGAAGCGGAAGGAGAGGAUGGAGAGGUACGUGGCGACGACAUCAGAUCUCUAUGCGGAGAUGGAGGUGCUCAAUCAGCUGGAGGCUUCGGAGAAGCGGAUUGAGCUGCAGCAGCAGCAGCAGCAGUGGCGAGAGCAUAGUGGUCCAAUUACGUUGCCGAAGCCGCCGGGCGUGACUUCGGCGCUGAAUCCGAUCCAUUUGGAGCUUCGUGCGCAGCGCCACAGGGUCCGCCGGCUCAAGGAAGAGUCAUUGUGGAACAAGACCUACGACAAGACGGUGGAGCUCAUGGUCCGAGCAGUCGUCACCGUCUUCGCCAGGAUUUGCGACGUCUUUGGCCCCUGCGUCCUAGGUUUGCCUCCCAGCCGCCACCAAAUCCACCAAUUUAACCCGAGUCACCCCGGCAAGCAUUCCUCCGGGCCGUUGGAUCGCCGCGUGGUGCCGCAGCAGGUGCAAUCCUUGAGGAAUUCAGCUCCGAUAUUGAGUGUGGCGGCCAAUGAUACGCUCGAACCAACGCCAUUCGACCCGGCGGCGGCGGCGGCGGCGAGAGAGGAGUUGUUCCAGAUGAUGCCGUCGGGGAUGCGGGCGGCGGUGACGAUGAAGCUGAGGGAGUGCUGGCGAAGGGAAGGCGGGAAGUCGUCUGCAGACGCCUCGAUGGCUGAGGGGUGGAAGGAUGCUGUGGCGGCGAUCCUGGGCUGGCUGGGGCCGGUUGCGCGCGACACGUUGCGGUGGCAGGAGGAGCGCACCAUGGAGAGAGAGAAACGAUUCUACACCCGGCCGCGGGCGCUGCUGCUGCAAACGCUGCACUUCGCCGACUUCGAGAAGACGGAGGCGACCAUCGUCGAGGUGCUGGUGGGGUUGAGCUGCAUGUCGUGGUACGAGGAAUGA